UUCCAUGUAUAACUUUCUCCGACUUUCUAGGACGUGUUUUAUGCCACUUUUUCUAUCUCAUUUUGUCCACCACACUUUUAACGUUGGGCAUGAGUGCACAAAGCAGGCUUUGCCGACACCUCCGCUAGAGACGCGCCGGGACACGACCCUGCUCGCUCUGCGCGCAUCGCGACCACAUCCCAAUCCUCAAUCAGCCCAUCUGGGGCUAAUGAAGACAGACGGCAUAAAGACCAGUGGACCCGAAGAUCCAGUGCCGGAACGUAGUUCACUCCCGUAUGCUUCCCAUGUCUCCCGUGAUCAAGCUGUGUGCCGCGACUUCACUCUGGAUUCCGGACUGCCUCCCCCGAUCCUCGACCCCUGCUUGGACACGGACCUCAUUGCUUCUCUCCAGCCCCCGACCGCUUGCCGGCCCACGGACUGCCUUCUCGCCUUGCCCCUUUGGUCUGACGAAGGAUUCAUCCAACAUACAACAAACUCUGAUGAGCCAGCUCCUCUCUGCCAGGGAAUGUCUCGUGAGUGUCGGACCCAGAUCUGUGGAACAAAACAAGCCCCGGCUGGUGACACAGCUUCCACUCCCAGUUAAUAGAGACCCAUCAAUGAUGGUCGUUUCCUGUGCACACUGGAAAUCCCGUCUCACCGGAUGUGGCUGAAGCGAGUCAUGGGCACAAGGGAGUAAGUGGGCAAGAGUUACAAAUACGCCAUUCCUAAAUGUCAGGGAAAUCUUUGCAUGCCCCAUAAUGGCUGAAUUGCACCACAUGAGUUCUGUAACUCCCUGUUAUAACUCAAUCACUGCUUGCUAAUUGUGAUUAAUAGGAUGGGGAAAUAUGUUAUUAUGUAUUAUUGCAUACCUAACUUUCUUCGUAUGUUGCAAUGUGGCCUCACUGACUUUUGCUAAGAGUUAGUU